GUAAAGCACACAGGUUAAUCAGUGCGGCGGAAGGGGAAGGAAAGGAAAGGAAGGAAGGAAGUAGCUUGAAAGGGGAAGGGAGCUGAGAGGGGAGGGAGGGGUGAGAUAGACAGAACGCAGAGGGGACGGAGGGGAGGGGAGUGAGAGAAAGAGGGGGAGCACAUGUGUAUGCUUGUCACUGAGGGGCUGGGAGGAGAAGGACUGAGGGGAGCUGGCCACCGCCGCCAUAUGCUGACUGGAUUCCUGUUCAUGUCUGCUGCGUGAAGCUCUGCGAAGCGGCCGGCUGGGGAACACGCCAUGGGAAGCUCACAUCUCCUCAACAAAGGCAUGCCUCUAGGGAUCAGGCCCCCCAUCAUGAAUGGGCCCAUGCAUCCACGACCCUUAGUGGCGCUACUAGAUGGGCGUGACUGCACUGUGGAGAUGCCCAUCCUGAAAGACGUAGCAACUGUGGCCUUCUGUGACGCUCAGUCCACACAGGAGAUCCAUGAGAAGGUCCUAAAUGAAGCUGUGGGAGCUCUGAUGUACCACACCAUCACUCUGAUGAGAGAAGACCUCGAGAAGUUUAAAGCUCUGCGGAUCAUCGUCCGCAUCGGCAGCGGUUACGACAAUAUAGACAUCAAAUCUGCUGGAGAACUUGGCAUAGCAGUAUGCAAUAUGCCAGCAGCUUCAGUGGAGGAGACGGCGGACUCCACGCUGUGUCACAUCCUCACCUUGUACCGCCGCACCACCUGGCUGCACCAGGCUCUGCGGGAGGGCACGCGCGUGCAGAGUGUGGAGCAGAUCCGAGAGGUGGCGUCGGGAGCGGCGAGGAUCCGAGGAGAGACCCUGGGACUCAUAGGACUUGGUCGGGUGGGCCAGGCUGUAGCGCUGCGAGCCAAAGCUUUCGGCUUUAACGUGAUUUUCUAUGACCCUUAUUUGGCUGAUGGAGUAGAAAGAUCCCUGGGGUUACAGAGGGUCACCACCCUGCAGGAUUUACUUUUCCACUCCGACUGUGUCUCUCUGCACUGCAGCCUCAAUGAGCACAACCACCAUCUGAUCAACGACUUUACCAUCAAGCAGAUGCGACAGGGUGCCUUCCUGGUGAACACAGCCAGGGGGGGUCUGGUGGACGAGAAGGCUCUGGCUCAGGCCCUGAAGGAAGGCCGGAUACGAGGAGCUGCUCUGGAUGUUCACGAGACAGAACCGUUCAGUUUCAGUCAGGGUCCACUAAAGGAUGCUCCCAACCUGAUCUGCACGCCACACGCCGCCUGGUACAGCGAGCAGGCGUCACUGGAGAUGCGAGAGGAGGCGGCUAGGGAGAUCCGAAGGGCUGUGACAGGUCGUAUCCCAGAUAGUCUAAAGAACUGUGUGAAUAAGGAGUUUCUCACCCAGAACAACCACUGGGCAGGAGUGGACCCGGCCACAGUCCACCCGGAGCUCAACGGGGCCUACAGGUAUCCCCCAGGAGUGGUCAGUUUGCCAGCCGGUGGUCUCCCCCCUCCAGUUGAGGGCAUCGUGCCAAGCGCGGUGCCGAUCGCACACACCCUCCCGCCAGCUGUCACGCACCCUCCUCACGCACCGUCUCCUGGACAGAACAUAGUAAAGCCACCGGAGGGCGACAGAGAGCAGCAUCCGAACGACCAGCUGUAACCUCCAUGUUGGCAGGAAGGGGCUGACGCGGCGGCAGCUUCCCGGAUGACACUUUCAGAUUCUCAACUCUUUGGCAAAUUCCUUCCAACAGCCAGAUCACACCCCACAGAGGAAGAAUGUGAUGAUGAGGAGGAGUGAAUAUCUGUCAGAUGCUGAUCUCCACACUGACUUCAAACAACAUGCUGAUCUUCACAUUUCCUGCCAGAAUCAAAACAAAAAAAAAACAGAAGUAAACACAAAACGGACGGAAAACAAAACCCUGGAUCCAAUUCUGCUGUUAGACUGUAGUGUGUUCAACGUUAGCGAGGCAGGUUUCACGUUUUUCUCUUUUCUCUUCAUUAGUUUGAGGAACAAGCAAAGCUAGUGUGUUCUGACAUGAAUGUAACCUGUCUGUGUACAGUUUUUAGACUUAAAGCCAGAUGAUGUUUGUGCUCCAGUCCGAACUAAAAGGUGACCUGUGUAGCCAGACUGAAAACACCACAGCAUCCUUUCCCCUUUUAUUUUUUUUAAACGUGUGGUAAAGUUAGCAAGACACCCCCCACCUCCAAAUACACACAAAUAAGAUAAAAGAAAAAAGAAAGAAAAAAGAGGCAGCUUUUUGCACACCAUCUCAGGAAAUUAAGUUUCCACAGUUGGUAUAUUUUUUUUAUUUGCUAUUUGUUUUAUAAAUCUCUUCAUGCCAAUUAGUGCUUUUCUUGUUUUCUACCAGUUUGCCAUUAGAAUGCAACGUCUCACGGGAGAUAAAGUUGGAUCUGAUGUUUGGUUUUGUUAGCGAUUUGCUCCUGGGACUUAAAAAUGUAAAUGUUUGACCCAAACUGAUGGGAAAUAGUUCUGCAUAGAGGUGGCAUAAAUGUAUGCUCGGCAGGGACGGCUUGACUCCUUGUUGCGUCAAAGUGGCGUGUUGGCAGUUUGCAGCACCUUGAAAUACAGAGCAAAUAUCUUCCAUUUGUCUUCUUGGAGCGUUUGUCAAGCUGACCUUCGGUAAAUCCUGUCAUCUAAAACAGUGGUCCCCAAACCCCCGGUACUACCAGAAACAAAAACUGGAUCUACAUUUUUUUUCUUAGUUAUUUAUAAUCUGAUUCUGAAGGAAGUUUUAUUUUGAAAACCUACUACCCAGUGGACAACUGAUGUUGAAAUGACAUCAACAUCAAAGCUCAACAUCAAAUUGAGGGCAAAAACAAGUGUAACGCGCAAAUGAAAAUAACGUCAAAACGUUAAUAUCAAUAUGACAUCAUGUUAUUUACUCCUUGUUGAUGUCAUGGGAAUUUUAAAUUUGGAACAAUAAAUUAAUAAAACUAAUAACAGAGGUAUAGAAUAUACAAUAAAUGAGUUAGUGCAAUAUAUAUACAAGAACAACAAUGGAUCGGAAUUUUCUGUGGUUUUCCAGAUACACAAAGCGGUUACAGCAUGUGUCAAAGUCAAGGCUCGGGGGCCGGAUCAGGCCCUCCGGGUAAUUAUAUUCGGCCCUCUAGAUUGGUUUAUUUACUGUUAUAAUGGCCCAAUGUUAUCUUGCGCUUAUUUCUAACUUGUAUAAUUUUGACAAAAUAUAUUUUUAUGAAGAGUAAAAUAUUGAAAGUUA